AUGAGCUCCGUUGGCUACGCGAACGAGCAGCCAGAGACUGAAUCUUAUACAUAUCAAGCAGCCAGAUUGGUUUGCCAAGUAGCGGCCGAUGACAAGUCCAAGUCUGAAAGACCCUUGCGCAUCAUCGACCUUUGCACAGGCACAGGUUGCAUCUCACUUCUUCUACAUGCCUUGCUCGCUCCUCAUUUCCAAAACCUGUCCAUCACAGGAAUUGAUAUCAGUCCCAGGGCGUUAUGGCUAGCCCAGAAGAAUCUCCGGCAUAAUCUGCAACUAGGCCAAUUGGCACCCAGAGCUACUACAGACAUCCAUUUCCAUCGCGCCGAUGUUCUGGGUAAAGGCGACGGUUCAACACCACCCAUUAAAUCAUUACUUCGAUCCCUUGUAUCGAACCCGUCAGAACAUACUCAAUGCGAUCUAUUGAUCUCCAACCCACCAUACAUAUCCCGAGCGGAAUUUCGCAAUGGCACCACUGCCCGCAGUGUGCGGCUCUUCGAGCCCGAACUUGCACUUGUGCCUUCAGACUCCAUCUCUGAAGAUUUCAGAUCGGAGGAUAUCUUCUACCACCGAAUUAUCACACUAGCAUACGAGUUGGAGACUAAGAUCAUCGUGCUCGAGUGUGGGGAUAUGGCACAGGCGCAGCGCGUGGUUGCUCUUCAUAAACGACUUGUCUCUAAGGAAAGCAAGUUUAGCGCAGGGAUCUGGCCCACUCGGGAACGUGAUUUGGCCGAGUAUGGGUUCCAUCAGACUGAUGGUUCGCGAUGUGUUAUUAUACAGCGAUUGUCGUGA